ACUCUUCUCAAAAUCCUGAUUCGUGAAUAUAUUCAUAUUACCGUCUGCGAGUAAUGUGGUGGAAAAUGUGACUUAUCUGCCAGUAUCCAAUUAAAAGAAGUUGUUUCGGAAAAGUGAAUGCUGCUGUCUUUUCGGGUAGGGAAAGAAAGGGGGAGUGCGUGAGUCACUGCGAGUCCCACGGAAACUUUGGUUAUCAGUGCACGGAGUGACACUUUUCCCUUCGCCGACAUGUCCAACAACAGCGCGAUUAACAGUAACCUAGUAAUCGCACAAAAAGCCGUUAAACAGCUGCGCCUUGAAGCAAGUGUCCGCAGAAUCAAGGUGUCCCAAGCCGCGGCAGAUCUGAAGACCUACUGUCUGCAGAACGCACACAAGGACCCGCUGCUAAUGGGGGUUCCUUCUAGUGAUAAUCCCUUCCGGCCGCCAAAAUCCUGCUCCCUCUUCUGACAUGCAGGUGAAGCUGGUGGAACCCUGGGAGACCCAGGGCUCAAAGCCUUUUCCCUUCCUGUCCCAACUCCUCUUCUGUCCCUGUGGGCCUGUCGCUCUCCUCCCCUUCAAGGUGUUUCCCUAGUGGAACCCGUCUCUCCACAACGUGCCCGAAAGUCCCUGGACUUCGCAGUGAUCCCCUCACAAAUUAGCACUCCUGACCCCUGACAGAAAAAAAAAAAAAAAAGAAAAAAAAUAUUAUGAAAUAUAUAGUGUCACAAUGGAUUAUAGUAUAUUCUAAGUAAUUGCAAAUUCUUUAGGAGAAUAAGUCUAUCUUUUGCGCACAGUAUUUUACAGACCCCUGACACUUGUUUUUGUUUCCUGUGCACUGUACUGUAUUUUUCAUGGGUCAGCACCAUGUACAAACUGACCUGACCAGUAGUCGGCUUUUUCCCUUGGUCAGUGAUGAAAACCGGAAGCUGUUACGAGGAAACCUAAAAUGUCACCUUGCUCUGUUUGGAGCAUAAGACCAGGUUCUUGUCAAUGAAAUAUCAAAGUUGUACGCUUAAUACGCAAUACCCCAUUGUUUCUUUUCUAACAUAAUCUUUGGCGUAAUCCAAAAUUGUCGAGAUGAAUGCAGCUUGUUCUCAUGUCAAACAAACUUGAGCACCUCCAUGAACGAGUGAAUGAUUAUAUCAGAGGGCACAGUAGCCCGGUGUGGACCCUAUUAUUUUAUUUUCUUCAAAUCUUUGCUGUUACACAUAUAAACUUUCAGAUGACAAACAUUAUUUGUAUGAAGAACACCAUUUUCCAUUGCUAAUUAAAAAUACGCAUUUAACGGCAAAAUACUCUGAGAAGCAGAAAUGACAACCAAAUAAUGAAGGAGACCAUUAAGCUCACGCUAAUGAGAAUUAGCAAGCUGUACACAUCCUCCAAAAAACUUGAGUUAAAACUGAUGUGCAAUAAGAUUUCUUAGACGAUAUAAACCACAUUAAAAAAUUUUCUUGCAGCUCAUAAAAGUGGCAUCUAUGAUAAAUGACACCCAAGCCACUCAGCAGUGAAGAUACUAUCCUGCUAUUUAACUAUAAAUUAUGAUUUAAUUUAAUUUUACUUCUUUCGAUUAGACAGGAGAAGUAACAGAGGACAUGGAUGAGUUCUCACAGCGACAGAACGGUACGAAAUCCACCUGAGCUGGAAAUGUUCUUUGCUCGAUAAGCAAUUUGAAGCGCAAAAAAAUGAAAUAAAAACAAUAAGCACGUAUUUGUCUGAAGAGCUGCACUUUCUGCCUCCCCGCAUUCACUGUGGUGGGACACAGGAAGCUACAUUACAGGCGCCCGAGGUUUCAGCUGCACAGCGCAUACCGAACGCAGAUGGCCACCAUGUGGGUACCUCGCUUAGAAGCUAGACAUGCUGCAUACCGUACAGUACAUACCAUAAUGCGCAUGCACGAGACUGUGUGGGCUUCUCACACUGAACGCCAUCUCACCCAUGAAUGACACUGCGGUACUUACCAUAGAAAUUCAGAGAUUAUCCACAACAUGCUGUAGGAGAACAUGCCUGAGAAUGCAUACUAUAAAUGGUUGGAGACAACAGUUAUCUGUGCCUGUACCUGCUUGUUGGGAAUUUAGGUCGUUUGAAAGAUUUUAACAGCCUGCUCUUACUUUGUUUUACCGUGAGUAUCAGUGCUUUGUCCUGUCCCUCUAAUGUCCCAUUGCCUCCGGUUCCAUAAUUACUCAGGUGUCAAUGAGUCCAGUUCUACUUUACAGUUUUUUUUUUGUUUUUUUCAUUUUUAGUUUUGGUUCGUCAUCAAUCCUAAGCGCUGUUCAGGCCCUUUGAGGAGUCUCACACCUUCCCUCUUCUGUACACAAGCUUCCAUCUACAACAGGAUGUUGUCAAUGUGUUUGCAUACUGUCAUGUGCCAAUAUUUGUAUUACUUGAGAAAUAAUGAAAGGUUUUUGGUAAAUAUGUACAAGUAUAUAUAUUUUUUGUCCAUGUACGGAAGAUAUUUAAGCAAAUUCUAUCCUUCUUUAAUUAUAUUGGUUAUACCUGGAGGUGUGGACAAAAACAGUGUGUAGUUACAUGCCAGCAGUUAACCUUAAAGAAAAUUAUGGGAUGUUGAAGGAGGAGAGGAAACCUGAAGCAAAACAGCAGAUGGACUAUGGCUCUGAAAAUACUCUAAAUCUUGCUGUCUACUACAUUUAUGAUUUUUAAAAUGUCCAUGAUGUUUUAUAAUCAGCCCUGUGUGUAAAAAGAUUUCACACCCAAAUGUUACCUUUAUAAAUGAUGUAACACUGUUAUUCUCCUGUGCCUUAACUCAAGUUUUUGUUAUUGCCUGUAUUGUAGAUGUUAACAUCUAGACGUUGCAGUUCAGUUGUGGCAAUUAUUAAAACCAUUGUUGUUUCAUGA